AUGUCCGGGCGACGCGACUUCCUCAACCAGGCAGCGCCCGAGAACUACGUCGCUGGUCUCGGUCGCGGCGCGACAGGUUUUACGACAAGAUCCGAUCUUGGUCCCGCUAGAGACGGUCCCAGUGAGGAUCAGAUUAAGGAAGCGCUCGCAAAGCGCGCUGCUCAGCUUGGUCUUGCGCCAGACAAGAAGGGCAAGGAAAAGGAGGAAGAGGAAGGAGGAGGUGACGAAGAACGAUACCAAGAUCCCGAUAAUGAAGUUGGACUAUUUGCCGGCGGCGUUUACGACAAAGAUGACGAGGAAGCCGAUAAAAUUUGGGAAUGGGUAGACGAGCGAAUGGAUCGAAGGAAAAGGCAGCGAGAAGCGCGAGAGCAGGCCGAGAAGGACGAAUACGAACGAAACAACCCCAAGAUUCAGCAGCAGUUUUCCGACCUGAAGCGAGCGCUAGCUACUGUUACGGAUGACGAGUGGGCGAAUCUGCCAGAAGUUGGAGAUUUGACAGGAAAGAACCGACGCAGUAAGCAGGCCCUGCGAGAUAAAUUUUACGCUGUCCCCGACAGUGUUCUUGCCGCAGCCCGCGACUCGAGCCAGAUGGGAACAACUGUCGUGGAUGAAGAAAUGGGAUCAUCAAGUGCUGGCGGCGAAGCAGCGGACGGAACCAUGACCAACUUUGCCAAGAUCGGAGCGGCCCGCGACAAGGUGCUCAAAUCCAGGCUGGAGCAGGCCGGUAGUGAUUCGACUGCUCCAGGCACAUCAACCAGUAUCGACCCCCAAGGCUAUCUCACGAGCCUCGGCAAGAAGGAUACAGCCUCUAUGGAUGGCAACGUCGGAGACGUCAAGCGUGUGCGCGAACUCUUGCAGUCAGUCGUCAAAACAAAUCCUUCAAACGCUCUGGGUUGGAUUGCAGCGGCACGACUGGAGGAGUUGGCAGGCAAGACUGUUACAGCACGAAAAACCAUCGACAAGGGUUGCGCGCAAUGUCCAAAGAGCGAAGAUGCAUGGCUGGAAAACAUUCGUCUCAAUCAUGGCUCUCCGAAUGCCAAGAUUAUUGCGCGAAGAGCCAUUGAGGCCAACAACAAUUCGGUCAGACUAUGGGUGGAGGCUAUGAACUUGGAGACGCUUCCUAGUAACAAGAAGCGAGUUAUUCGACAAGCGCUCGACCACAUUCCAGAGUCAGAAGCUCUGUGGAAGGAGGCCGUGAACCUGGAGGAAAGCUCCGAUGAUGCGAAGCUUCUCUUGGCCAAGGCGACAGAGCUCAUUCCUCUUUCUAUCGAUCUUUGGUUGGCACUGGCACGCCUGGAGACGCCCGAGAACGCCCAAAAGGUUCUCAACAGGGCACGAAAGGCCUGUCCCACUUCUCACGAGAUCUGGAUUGCAGCCGCACGUCUACAGGAGCAGCUUGGACAAGGAACCAAGGUCAAUGUCAUCAAGCGUGGUGUCCAGGUUUUGGCCAAAGAAUCUGCCAUGCCUAAACGCGAGGAAUGGAUUACCGAGGCGGAACGAUGCGAGGAGGAAGGCGCCGUCAUCACCUGCCAGAACAUCAUCCGAGAGACACUGGGUUGGGGCUUGGAUGAGGACGACGAUCGCAAGGACAUCUGGAUGGAGGACGCGAGGGCCAGUAUCAACCGAGGCAAAUACGAGACAGCCAGGGCAAUUUAUGCCUACGCACUGCGUAUAUUCGUCAACAGCAGGACGAUGUGGCAGGCAGCAGCAGAUCUGGAAAGGAACCACGGUAACCGAGAAUCCCUCUGGCAGGUGUUGGAGAAGGCCGUUGAGUCAUGCCCCAAGAGCGAGGAGCUGUGGAUGAUGCUGGCCAAGGAGAAAUGGAGGGCCGGAGAAUUGGACGGCGCUCGUCUCGUUCUCAAGCGAGCUUUCAACCAAAAUCCCAACAACGAAGACAUCUGGCUCUCUGCUGUCAAGCUUGAGUCGGAGAAUGGCAACGAAGAUCAGGCGCGUAAGCUCCUGGAGAUUGCCCGUGAAAAGGCUCCUACAGAUCGUGUUUGGAUGAAGAGUAUCGUAUUUGAACGUGUACUGGGCAACGUUGAGGCAGCACUCGACCUUGUUCUCCAAGCGCUUCAACUGUUCCCAGCGUCGCCAAAGCUCUGGAUGCUUAAGGGUCAGAUCUAUGAAGAUCUAGGCAAGAUUGGUCCUGCAAGAGAAGCAUACGGUACUGGUGUCAAGGCUGUACCAAAGUCUGUGCCCUUGUGGCUUCUGUAUGCCAGGCUGGAGGAGCAGGCAGGUCUUACCGUCAAGGCUCGAUCGGUACUUGAUCGUGCUCGACUAGCAGUACCAAAGAAUGCAGAGUUGUGGUGCGAGUCAGUGCGACUAGAACGCCGAGCAGGCAACAUGACCCAGGCUAAGUCGAUGAUGGCGAGAGCGCACCAAGAAGUUCCCAAGAGCGGUCUUCUCUGGGCAGAACAGAUCUGGUAUCUGGAAGCACGAACUCAGCGCAAGGCCCGCGUUCUUGAAGCCAUGAAGACUGUGGACAGCAACCCUGUCCUAUUCGUCGUCGCGGCGCGUAUCUUCUGGAGUGAUCGCAAGCUACCGCAGGCGCAAAAGUGGUUCGAGAAAGCUAUUCUGCGAGACAGCGACUAUGGAGACGCAUGGGCUUGGUACUACCGCUUCCUGUGUCAGCAUGGCACAGAUGAGAAGCGAGCUGAUGUUAUAACCAAGUGUGUUCUUAACGAACCUCGACAUGGCGAGAUGUGGCAAGCAAUCGCCAAGAAGCCUGCUAAUGCUCGAAAGAGUUGUGAAGAGAUUUUGAAGCUGGUAGCUGAAGAGUUGGAGCAGUAG